CAGUUAGCAGGAGAAGCAAUGCCUGAAUCCUUCAAAGCUGCUCCAGCUCCUAAGAAAGGUUCUAAAAAGGCCAUUACUAAAGCGCAGAAGAAGGACGGCAAGAAGCGCAAGCGCAACCGCAAGGAGAGUUACUCGGUGUACGUGUACAAGGUGCUCAAGCAGGUGCACCCUGACACCGGCAUCUCGUCCAAGGCCAUGGGCAUCAUGAACUCCUUCGUGAACGACAUCUUCGAGCGCAUCGCGGGCGAGGCGUCGCGCCUGGCGCACUACAACAAGCGCUCGACCAUCACGUCGCGGGAGAUCCAGACGGCCGUGCGCCUGCUGCUGCCCGGGGAGCUGGCCAAGCACGCCGUGUCCGAGGGCACCAAGGCCGUCACCAAGUACACCAGCUCCAAGUAGUGUUUCGUUCGGUGUGACUCUAAAGGCUCUUUUCAGAGCCACUCACCUUGUCUAAGAAAAGCUGUAACUGCUAUUUCCAAACGUUUUCCAGCCAGCCAUGUCUUCUAUUGACUUAGUUUGGGUCCUGGAUUCUAUGAAAUGAUCGUUGACGUAAAGUCAGCUCAGAUUUGAAUCUACAGUGUCGCUUGGUUCUUUUGUGCCACACCCAAGAAUCCGCUACUUCACAGAGAUGAUGUGAAGACAGAAAGAACUGGAUUUGCAGACAGAGGGAAAGAGC